AGGAGGAAGAUGAGAUAAAGCCACUCAGAUGGAGGCCAGUUCCACCAGCCUCAAGAGGCUCAAGUUUGGGAAGCUGAAGGUGGUACGUCGGCGCUUGCUGCAGAGAUAUGAGCAUCAGCCCUUCAUCUCCUGCCUGGCUGGUUUCUACAGCUGCCGGUGGAAGCGGUACCAGCGCAGAAAGACUGAGCCUGGGAAAUGCUGCUGCAAGAUGCGGGAAUGCGUGUUUUUCCCAUUGCUUGUUGGAGCUUUCUGCUUUUCUCUGGUCUUUCUGUACAUGUGGGGUGAAGCAAAAAAUGACUACAAUAACUUUGACUGGUAUAACUAUGGGAACCUGGGCUUCUGGUUUCUCUGGUCUCUUGUUCUCCUGAUUGUGGCUGCAAUUUUGUUCAUGUACAUCACACUGUUAUUGGUGAGUAAUGCUCUUC